ACCACCACCGCGGAUCCAGCCGCAGCUCCGGCCCGGGCCCCGGCCCCGGCCCCGCCGCGCCCACCCGCAGCCCCCGCGGCCGCCGCGCCUGAGCGCAGCCCCCGCCCCGAGCCCGAGCCCCGAGCCCGGAGCCAGCCCCAGCCCCGCGGCCGCCGCGGCUGCGGGGAGAGGGCGGGGGCGAUGCUGCCGGAGCCGCCGCCGCCGCCUCGGUGAGAGCCGCGCCGCGCCGCGCACAGCCGCCCAGGCUGCCAGGCAGGACUGACUUCCCUCUCCCGGGCAUCCUCCCUGGGCUGCCGGGAGGCGGCGGCCAAGGCGGAGGGGAAGGAAAACGGGGAGACGGCGGAGAGCAAGAACGCGAGGAGGUGGACCCGGACCCGUUUCUCGCAGCCAGGACCCGAGCCGCCCCAGCCCCUGCGACCCGCCGGCGCCGUCCGUGACCCAUCAGCCCUCUGUGGCUCACCCGCGACCCCGGGCUCCGUGCGCGUCGGGCCGGGGCUGGAGCGGCGCGGCCCGAGACUGGCUGCUGGCGAUUCUCAGACAGCUCCAGGUGUUGGUGGCCAUCAAGGUAUUUGCAUCCCAGGGACAAAUCCCGAGCUUGCCAGAGACGGACAGUGCAAGGUCCACACUCUGCUUCCCUGUGAGACGCCGCCGCCGGCCACCACGAUGUCCCGGCACCACAGCCGCUUCGAGAGAGACUACCGGGUGGGCUGGGACCGUCGCGAAUGGAGUGCCAACGGCACGCACGGGACCACCAGCAUUUGCAGCGCCACGGCCGGGGUGGGCGGGAGCUCGGCCAGCAGCCUCAGUGCCCGGCCCGGCCUCCUGCCGCUGCCCGUGGUGCCUGCCCGGCUGCCCACACCCGCCUCGGCCCCCGUAUCCUGCACCACUGGCAGCAGCGAGGCCAUCACCAGCCUCGUGGCCAGCUCCGCCUCCGCCGUCACCUCCAAGGCCCCCGGCAUCUCCAAAGCGGACAGUCAGUCCCAGGGACUUGCCACCAGCAUCCGGUGGGGACAGACACCCAUCAACCAGUCCACGCCCUGGGACACGGAUGAGCCGCCCUCCAAGCAGAUGAGGGAGAGCGACAACCCAGGCACAGGGCCGUGGGUGACCACGGUGGCCGCCGGGAGCCAGCCCGCCCUCAUCGCGCACUCCUACGGAGUGGCCCAGCCUCCCACCUUCAGCCCGGCCGUCAACGUCCAGGCCCCGGUCAUCGGGGUGACCCCCUCUGUGCCUCCCCACGUGGGGCCCCAGCUCCCGCUGAUGCCAGGCCACUACUCGCUGCCCCAGCCGCCCUCCCUGCCCCUGAGCAGCGUGGUGGUCAGCAUGCCCUCCCAGGCCCUCUAUGCCAGCCCUCAGCCCCUGGCCGUGUCCACGCUGCCUGGCGUGGGGCAGCUGGCCCGUCCAGGACCCGCCGCCGUGGGCAACGGCCACAUGGCAGGGCCCCUGCUGCCUGCACCGCUGCCAGCCCAGCCAUCUGCCACUCUCCCCAGCGGUGCCCCCGUCACCAAUGGGCCCCCCGCCUCCGACUCGGCCCCCGGGCUGCAGAUGCUGCGUACCAUUGGCGUGGGGAAAUAUGAGUUCACCGACCCGGGGCACCCUAAAGAAAUGUUGAAGGAAUUGAACCAGCAGCGCAGAGUGAAAGCAUUUACAGACCUGAAAAUUGUUGUUGAAGGCAGAGAGUUUGAAGUCCACCAAAAUGUUCUAGCUUCCUGCAGCUUGUAUUUCAAGGACCUGAUUCAAAGGUCCACGCGGGACGGCGGCCAGGGCUGCCGGGAGAAACUGGAGCUGGUGCUGUCGAACCUGCAGGCAGACGUCCUGGAGCUGCUGCUGGAGUUUGUCUACACGGGCUCCCUGGUCAUCGACUCGGCCAACGCCAAGACGCUGCUGGAGGCGGCCAGCAAGUUCCAGUUCCACACCUUCUGCAAAGUCUGCGUGUCCUUUCUCGAGAAGCAGCUGACGGCCAGCAACUGCCUGGGGGUGCUGGCCAUGGCCGAGGCCAUGCAGUGCAGCGAGCUCUACCACAUGGCUAAGGCGUUCGCGCUGCAGAUCUUCCCCGAGGUGGCGGCCCAGGAGGAGAUCCUCAGCAUCUCCAAGGAUGACUUCAUCGCCUACGUCUCCAACGACAGCCUCAACACCAAGGCCGAGGAGCUGGUGUACGAGACCGUCAUCAAGUGGAUCAAGAAGGACCCCGCGGCCCGCGCACAGUACGCCGCCGAGCUCCUGGCCGUCGUCCGCCUGCCCUUCAUCCACCCCAGCUACCUGCUCAACGUGGUUGACAACGAGGAGCUCAUCAAGUCCUCCGAGGCCUGCCGGGACCUGGUCAACGAGGCCAAGCGCUACCACAUGCUGCCCCACGCGCGCCAGGAGAUGCAGACGCCCCGGACCCGGCCCCGCCUCUCGGCAGGUGUGGCCGAGGUCAUCGUGUUGGUGGGGGGCCGGCAGAUGGUGGGGAUGAGCCAGCGCUCGCUGGUGGCCGUCACCUGCUGGAACCCACAGAGCAACAAGUGGUACCCCCUGGCCUCGCUGCCCUUCUACGACCGCGAGUUCUUCAGCGUCGUGAGCGCCGGGGACAACAUCUACCUCUCAGGUGGGAUGGAGUCGGGGGUGACGCUGGCUGACGUCUGGUGCUACAUGUCCCUGCUCGACAACUGGAACCUCGUCUCCAGGAUGACGGUCCCCCGAUGUCGGCACAGCAGCCUCGUCUAUGACGGGAAGAUUUACACCCUCGGGGGACUCAGCGUGGCCGGCAACGUGGACCACGUGGAGAGGUACGACACCAUCACCAACCAGUGGGAGGCAGUGGCCCCUCUGCCAAAGGCCGUGCACUCGGCGGCAGCCACCGUGUGUGGCGGCAAGAUCUACGUGUUCGGCGGGGUGAAUGAGGCCGGCCGGGCCGCGGGCGUCCUCCAGUCUUACGUCCCGCAGACCAACACGUGGAGCUUCAUUGAGUCCCCGAUGAUCGACAACAAGUAUGCACCCGCCGUCACCCUCAAUGGCUUCGUUUUCAUCCUGGGUGGGGCCUAUGCCCGAGCCACCACCAUCUACGACCCCGAGAAAGGGAGCAUCAAGGCCGGACCCAACAUGAACCACUCCCGCCAGUUCUGCAGUGCCGUGGUGCUCGAUGGCAAGAUUUACGCCACUGGGGGUAUCGUCAGCAGCGAGGGGCCUGCCCUGGGCAACAUGGAAGCCUAUGAGCCUGCCACCAACUCCUGGACCCUCUUACCCCACAUGCCCUGCCCCGUGUUCAGACACGGCUGCGUGGUGAUCAAGAAGUACAUUCAGAGUGGCUGAUGCCAACAGGAGGCCCGCAACCAGACUGGUGAGGACACCGCCACCCGCAAGGAUAAUUUUUCAGCAACACUCAUCAGGGCCAACCAAACGCAAUCAAGGAACUCAGCGCACUAAACAUUUUGAUUAUUUUCUACAUUGAAUGUAGAAAACCAUCCUCGCCUCCGGGUGAGUCGGGGGCGCACGCUGCAGGCAGCAAGCAGGACCCAUAAAGCCUUCCCCGGCAGGGCUGCCGGCCCCCACCCGAGGCCUUGCUCUGAGUGGAGGCGCUCGCUCUGCCUGGUGCAAGAGUUUCACAUAUUUUUCAGCUGGGAGAGGGAAGCUGUUUUUUUCCCUCCUGCAGAGCAAGCUCAAUUCGUAAACAGCUGGAGCUUAGUUAUCCUAUGACGAUGUUGGACAUCAGGCUCUCUUUGGAGGACGAUCAGAGUGUCCUUAUCACUUUGAUUCCUCUGUUUGUUUUUUACUGGUCCACGCUUUCCGUGGCGGAGAGAAGACGAUGGACGACACUGGGCGGCGGGAGGCCCAGGCGGCUGCAGGUCUCCCCUGGCACCGUGCUGCGGGGUGGCCGUGGGGACGGCCACGGGGACAGCUGGGGAGAGCUGUCUGUCCUUCACAGGUUUUUCUACCAUGUUUUUGCUGGAGAAGGACAAGGUGAUUGUGCUAGCUUUCUCUUGUCCUAUAUGAAUUAUUUAGAUUUCCAAGGCAUUUUCUUGAUAAACAAAAAGCUAUUUUUAAGUACGGUGAGAAGGAGGAGGUCACUAGAGGGAUAGCGAUGUGGGAAUUCCCAGCACUCUCUGUUGGUAGUGCCAGAGUGGGGCAUUUGCUCUAGUUUUUCUAAGUGCAGAGUAGAGGAUCUCUCCUGGCGGGGCAAACACCCCAUUUUAUUUUUAGAAAAAGUAACCCCCAGACAGCCCCCUCAAAGCUGUGCCUCAUGGAGGCAGUGUCCAAGAAAGAUUCUGUUCUAGAAGGAAUCCAGUUCUGGCUCCUGGCUCCACGCGGCUCCCUCCAUGAGGUGCAGCUGGGGACCCAGGCCAG